CUUAUCGCACUCAACUCACUCCAACCACCAUGCCGCAGCUCCAGCUCGUGGCCGACCUGCCAGGACACGCCGAGGCGGCGUGGAGCGUGGCGUUCAACCCCGCGCGUCCGCUGCUCGCCAGCUGCAGCACGGACAAGACGGUGCGGCUGUACAGCUACACGCUCCCCGACUCGUCGUCCUCGUCCUCCUCGACCUUCCCGUCCCCUUCCGCCCCGAAGCCGACCUUCGCGCUCAGCACGACCAUCGAGACGGGCCACAAGCGCACCGUGCGCGGCGUGGCGUGGGCGCCUGGCGGGCGCACGCUCGCGACGGCGAGCUUCGACUCGAGCGUCGCGAUCUGGGAGGAGGUGGAAGAGGGCUACGCCGACGACGCCGCCGAGGGCAUCGACGCGCCGCGCCCCGCUGCUGGCGCUGCUGGCGCCGAGGACGGCGAGGGCGAGUGGGAGUGCGUCACCACGCUCGAGGGGCACGAGAACGAGUGCAAGAGCGUCGCGUUCUCCGCUGAUGGCGGCCUGCUCGCGAGCUGUAGUCGCGACCGCAGCGUGUGGGUGUGGGAGGUCCAACCCGACGCCGACUUUGAGUGUAUCGCCGUCAUGAUGGACCACUCGGCCGACGUCAAGGCCGUGGCCUGGCAUCCGCGCGAGGAGAUCCUCGCGAGCGCAAGCUACGACGCGCACGUGCAUCUCAUGUUCGACAACCCCGACGGGGACUGGGAGGCGUUCCAGCGGCUGGACCCGGCGCUGCCCGCGGCGGACCUGCACAUCCCGCCGAGCGCGAGCGCGAGCUUGCUCGCGCAGAUGGGGCCGUCUGCCGCCGAGGUGGCCGGGCGCGCGGUCGUCGUGCCCCCCCUCGUUGACGCUGAGACGGUGUGGUCGCUCGCCUGGAGCCCGUGCGGCAAGUACCUCGCGUCUGGGGGCGACAGCGGCGGCGUGCGCCUCUGGGCCAGGAUGGGCGCCGAGCCCGACGCAGAGUUCGUCGAGUGCGUGCACACUGCCGCGCACUCAGCGCCGCUGUUCUCGCUCGCCUGGGCGAGCGGCGGGGAGGAGGACGGGCUUGGCCUGCUGGCUAGUGCUGGUGGCGACGGCCGCAUCAUUGUGUGGCAGGUCACGGCGCACGAGGGCAAGGACGGCGUGUAUGCUCCCCCGCCACGCCUCGAGCCUAUUGCCGCUGUGCGCGAGGCGCACGGCGUCGCCGACGUCAACUCGAUCGCGUGGAACGCCCGCGAGGAUGGCAAGGGUGUCGGCCUGCUCUCCAGUGCUGGCGACGAUGGCUCGGUCAAGGUCUGGCGCAUCGCCGCCGACGAGUAACAAGUAGUAGAUUAGGAUCCUAUAGACGCAAUGCACA